CCGGAGGAAGAGUCACAGUGAAAGAAUCAGCAAGGCAACCGUCUGAGAACGACAGAUCCAGAGACAGAAAAAAGAGAGGAAGACGGAGUCAGAGCUCAACCCCUUCCUGAUCUAUGAAAGAAGCCAUGCCAGUCCUCUCUGCAGGAGCAGGGUUGCAUGAGACGCUUGCCCUGCUGACCUCACAGCUGCGUCCAGAUGCCAAUCACAAAGAGGACAUGGUCUUCCUCAAGGAUGUCUUCAGUGAGAGGAGUCUCAGCUACCUGAUGAAGAUCCAUGAGAAGUUGCGUCAGUAUGAAAGGCAGAGCCCCACCCCAGUUCUCCACAGUGCUUCCACUCUGGCAGAAGAUGUGGCAGAGGAGCUGCAAAGUGGACCAAUGAGUGCUGAGGAAAAAGAGCUGCUACAUUUGCUGACAUCACCACAUCUCCAGGCGGUUUUGUCAGUGCACGACACGGUGGCGCAGAAGAACUUUGACCCAGUGCUGCCUCCUCUGCCCGAUGACUUUGAGGAUGAGCUAGACGAGGAGUCUGUCAAGAUUGUCCGCCUAGUCAAAAACAAAGAGCCACUGGGUGCCACUAUUCGGCGGGAUGAGUCCACAGGGGCUGUGAUUGUGGCUCGGAUCAUGAAAGGAGGGGCUGCAGACAGGAGUGGUCUGGUGCAUGUCGGUGAUGAACUGAGAGAGGUCAACGGCAGCUCUGUAAUGCACAAGGGACCAGAUGAGAUCAGUCAACUGCUGUCUCAGUCACAAGGCUCUAUCACACUGAAGAUCAUCCCAGCAAUCCGAGAGGAGGACAAGCUGAAAGAGAGCAAGGUCUACAUGCGGGCGCUGUUUGAUUACACUCCAUUGGAGGACAAAGCCACACCGUGUCAGGAGGCAGGGCUUCCGUUUAAACGAGGAGACAUCCUGCAGGUGGUCAGUCAGGAUGAUCAGACGUGGUGGCAGGCCAAGAGAGUGGCAGACUGCAACCUGCGUGCAGGACUCGUCCCAUCCAAACAGUUUCAGGAGAGGCGGUUAGCCUACAGAAUAAAAAUGGGCUCCCUUCAAAGCUCCAAGUCUCCAAAAAAAGCUGUCUAUGACCAGGAAUGUGAUAAAGAAGACUGUGACUGUGAGGGCUAUUUCAAUGGACAGUACAUAGUGUCUUCGAAGUGUAAUGCAGUGGCUCCCUCCUGUGGCCAGGUGUUUUCCUGGGAGUUUUACUCAGCCGGUUUAAGGAGAAGUUUCCGUUUAAGUCGGAAGGAUCGUCGUGGUUCUUCAGGAGAGGCCAGUGUUUCUGACCAGAAUGACACCGAAUUCCUGACCUAUGAAGAAGUGACACGCUACCAGCAGAAGCCCAAUGAGAGACCCCGAUUAGUAGUUCUCAUUGGUUCUCUGGGAGCACGUAUCAAUGAGCUGAAGCAAAAAGUGAUAGCAGAAAAUCCCCAUCGCUACGCUGUGGCUGUGCCCCACACCACACGGCCCAAAAAGAGCCACGAGAAGGAGGGAGUGGAGUACCACUUUGUGACUAAACAGGUGUUUGAUGCAGAUGCACAGAAUGACAAAUUUAUAGAGUAUGGGGAGUAUAAAGAGAAUCUGUAUGGGACCAGUAUAGAGGCCAUCCGCUCUGUUCAAGCCAAGAACAAGAUGUGUCUGGUAGAUGUACAGCCCGAGGCUCUGAAGGCCCUACGGACAGCUGAAUUUAAGCCUUAUGUCAUUUUCGUAAAACCACGAAUCCCAGAGAGUCGCAGACGCCGCAGUGCCGCCACUUCGCCAGGAGGAGGUGAACAUGGGCGAAUAACAGAGGAGGACCUGCAGGAAAUGCAUCUGUCGGCGCAGCAGACAGAUCAACAGUACGGUCACCUAGUGGAUCGGGUCCUGAUUAAAGAGGACACUGCCAGUGCCUGCGCAGAACUACGUAGCAUCCUGGAGAGACUGGAGCGGGAGACCUUCUGGGUUCCUGUGAGCUGGGCCAAAGCCUAGGACCUCAGCUUUCUUUUCAGACUGUUGACCUACAUUUCCUCCGAUAGCUUCUUUUCUUCCGGUUGGACUGCACUGGGCUUGGCUUCUUUAAACGGUCCACCAUCUUUAAGAGGAGGCAUAAAGAGACCAAAUAAGACACUUGAAGGGUGUCUGUCUUAUUACAGAUUUGGUUUUCAGGCUGAGACAUGCAGGAACAUAAGCACUUAUUUUGGCAUGAAUGAUCUCAUUUAUUCUUGAAAGACAUUAGGUAUUUAUUAUUUGGCUUGUUAUUUCAU